UUUCUCUUUCUCUUCCGGUCCGAGGCGCUUCGGGAGGCGCGGGCUUCGGUGCAGAUAUGGCCAAGUCCAAGAACCACACCACGCACAACCAGUCACGGAAAUGGCACAGAAAUGGCAUCAAGAAACCCCGGUCACAAAGAUACGAAUCUCUUAAGGGGGUAGACCCCAAGUUCCUGAGGAACAUGCGCUUUGCCAAGAAGCACAACAAGAAGGGCCUGAAAAGGGUGCAGGCCAACAACGCCAAGGCCAUGAGUGCACGUGCCGAGGCUAUCAAGGCCCUCGUCAAGCCUAAGGAGGUCAAGCCCAAGAUCCAUCGACUUGCCUACAUCGCUCACCCCAAGCUUGGGAAACGCGCUCGUGCCCGCAUUGCCAAGGGUCUCAGGCUCUGCGGCCGAAGUCCAAGGCCAAGGCUCAAACCAAGGCCAGGCCAGGCUGCGACUCCGGCUCCGGUUCCUGCUGCAGCUCAGGCUCCCAAAGGUGCCCAGGCCCCCGCAAAGGCUCCAGCGUAG